UUUAUUUCUUGGAACGAAUCAACAGCCAUAAGGAUAACUAAGCUAAGACGUGUUCGUCAUAUUUUAUUACUUCAUAGUUCCACAAUAGAUUUCCUUUCCAAGCGUCAUGAAAGCUGCAUAGCUUGCCCCGAGGUGAUUGAGUCCCUCUUUUAUAUCACUCGAGUAUUUUCUUUCAGGUUUGAUUUAUUUCAAGCAACAAUUUCUCGUCUAUUUUACGGUUGUUCUUUCGAUUUGAACAUCUAGAAAUGUUUUACAAGACAGGAAUUACCGCUGCUUUGAUUGCAGCGGUGACAGCUGCUCCGGCUGCAGUCACCAAGAUCAUUGAACGCCAAGUCGAAAGCUCUGCUUCCGUCACAAGCUCCGCAACAGCUUCCACAGCUUCUGAAGCUUCCGCAUCUUCUUCGCCAUUUCUUUCUUAUUCCUACAAUCAACAAGCAUCUGUGAAUAGUGCAGCAGUUUCAUCGGUCGCUUCAGUUGCCGGGAUUCCCGCAUCAGAAAUUCCAGGAGCUACUGACCCGGUCCCGCCGGUUAUCAGUUCUCAAGUAACUGGUGCCACAAGUCAUGGCCCGUAUAGUGGCACACCGACGACUACUGGAGCUUUAAGUACUAUUGCGCUCGCCAGUGAGGUACCAAUCUUGCCACCUAGACCAGCCGAGCAAACAUAUGUACCCGACGGUACACUUCACGACCCACAACCAAUUCCAUAUCAACCAGCUGGUGGUUUAGGGACAAAUGGCACAGAGCCCGUCUAUCGUGUUCAAUCUGAUUUCGAUUAUCAAUCAAUUCUCUUAGGUCUGUACCAAGAAUGGAUUGAGCUCGAUCUCUUCCAUCACAUCCUUGCCAGGUUCCCGGAAGAGGAAUUCACAGCUGCUGGUCUCACUCCUAGCGACAGACAUCUUAUCGAGUUCAUGGCAAAUCAAGAAUCGGGCCAUGCUACUAUGCUUUCGAAUUUGCUUGGGGGACCCGGAGGUGCAACACCACAAUGCACGUACAAUUAUCCUUUUACUACAGUCACUGAAGCAUUUGACUUUUGUCAAAAACUCACCAGAUAUGGAGAGUCAGGUGUUUGGGGUUUCCAAGCUCAUCUUGACUCACGUGAAGUUGCACAGCUUCUUGAUCAAUCCAUUGCCACCGAAGCUCGUCAACAGGUUAUCUUCCGUCAAUUUUCAGGUCUUUUCCCCAUGCCAGUUUGGUUCGAGACCGGCAUUCCACAAUCAUGGGCUUGGACUCUUCUCGCACCAUAUAUUUCAUCUUGCCCUGCCAACUCUAAACGUCUUGUUUGGCAAAACUUCCCAGAACUUAAAAUUCUCAACCAACCAAACAUCGCUCGUCGCAAUGCUACCCAAACUGGUUUCAACGAAACUGUUGGAUUCGGUCCGGCUGCACCAAGUAACUCAAGUUUAGCACCAAUAGAUUCAUGCGUCGGUAACAACGUAACUGGAUUCGAUUGCUCGUCCUCCAUUUCCCAAAACCGAUCAAUUCCCCUGUCCUACCCCGGGCGUGAAAUCUUUCUCCAAUGGGAAAACCCAGGUAAACCCGUCGGACCAAAUAACUCCUACAUUACGGCCACCAGCGCCGCAAGGGCCGAAUGGGCAAUGUGGGUUUCGCAAUUGAAUAUCACUUAUUCACCUCUUUUAAAUGUUACGACGAAUAAUGGAGUUAAUUCGGCUAUGACGAUUCAACCUGAUGUUUCGACUUUUGAGGGUGAUCCAGCGAUUAACGGGACUAUGUUUUUGGCGCUUACGGAUACGAAUCAGACCUACUCGGCGUUUAAUUUAUCGAAUGUGAAUCCGCAUGUUGUUGCUUUGGCUAUGUAUCAAGCCGGUUAGGUUUAACUGAUGUUUUUGUUGUUGCGCUUGGAAAAGUAUAUGGGUGGAUUGGUUUUUUUGUAUGAUAUUUCGUGGCUUGUUGUGUCUUGUGUGGGUGUAGGGGUUUAAUGGUACGAUCGAUAUGUUGCGAUAGGAUACGGCAUAUUGGAGGAGUACUCAUAAUUCUUGUAAGAUGUUGUGUUAUAUUUAUGUAGCGAUAAUGGAAGAGAUCAUUACAUGUAUGUACCUACAUGUUCAAACAUUAUUCCAUUGUUGGGUAUUCCAUUAUUAAAUGAGCCUU